AUACCCACACGUAUAAAUCCAGUACAUUAUUUCAGUUCGCUUUUCUGAGUGAAACACAUGUGCUCAAACGAAUAAUUUACAUUUGUUGUGUAAAUAACUAGAACUGUCGAGAUAGUUUUGCUGUCACAAAAGGUGAAUGAACAACGUGUGGGCAAACCGGCCGUUUUAAAAUGUUGCUCCAUGAGGUGCACUGUUUGGAGUAGUGAAUCAAUUUGAAUGAAAUUACUCAUCUGUACGCAACGUGCUAAUAAAUGAGGUAAAUGUGUGGUUUUGCAUCACAUCAUCGGAUGCAAAGAACUGGUGAAACUCUGGUGUUGUGGUGGUUUAUAGACGCUCAGAGACUUUUUUUGUAAUUUCACAAAAUGGUGGGCCGGACUGAGUACUCCAGUGUGCCCACUGCGGUGGACUUGGAGAACAACACCAACCAAAAGAAGUACACCGUAAAUCGAGAACCUGGCGGUUUAGUUAUACCAAAAUCCCUUUGCGCCCUAAUGGCGAUAGGAGCCCUUCUAUUAGCAAUACUUGUAGGUUUAUUAGUCUUUUUCUUCGUCGUUCCUAGAUGUAGUCAAGCUUCUGAUACUCGACCUAGUGACUUAAGGGUGGGCGAUGACGGCCUCCCAAGCAUAUCUGACGAAAUAAGCUUAACAAAAAUUGAUAGUCCCAGCUUGGAACUUGACGAGAGGCUUCCCAGGAGUUUAGAACCGACGCAUUAUAGAAUCCAAGUACGUCCUUUUUUCUCCAAUCUGACGUUCGAUGGCACUGUCACAAUAACCAUGCACGUGAAAGAGCAAACCGAUCAAAUCAUUUUCAACGUGAAAGACAUCGAAAUUGAUAAACAAUCAGUGAAAGUGCGCUCGGUUAAAAGCAACACUCCGUUAGGCAUCUCAAGGCAGGAUUACGUCCCUGGGGAGCGAUACAAAAUAGUUUUGGACUCGUCUCUGGAUAAAAAUAUUAUGUACACUCUAGAGUUAACAUACGUCGGGCAUUUAAACAACCAUUUGCAAGGAUUUUAUCGGAGCCAAUACGAUGAAAAUAAUAGUGUCAAAUAUUUGGCGAGCACCCAAUUUUCCCCGACAGAUGCCCGGCGUGCUUUCCCUUGCUUCGAUGAGCCUUCAUUCAAGGCAAAUUUUUCGUUAAUUGUUGGGAGACCGUCGAAUAUGUCUUCCUUGGCAAACAUGCCUUUGAUCAAAUCCGACUCUGAUUGGGAUUAUUACGAGACAACACCGAAAAUGUCCCCUUACUUGGUCGCUUUCGUCGUCAGUAAUUUACAAGCUUAUGGCUCUUCGGAUAAGUUAAUCAAAGUCUGGACCAGGGAAACUCUGAGGAUCCAAGCAAGAUAUGCAGCAGAGUUUGCGCCAAAAGUUUUGCACUAUUUCGAAAAUUACUUCAACAUUGCGUUUCCUUUGCCCAAAAUUGAUAUCGUGGCGAUUCCCGAUUUUGGGUACAAUGCGAUGGAAAAUUGGGGUUUGAUCACUUUCAGGGAGAGUUCUCUCUUGUACAAUACCGAUGAGCCUGAUGUUGACACCAAGAGGACCAUUGCCACGAUUUUAUCGCACGAAUUGGGACAUCAGUGGUUUGGUAAUCUGGUCACCCCCAAGUGGUGGAACGAUUUGUGGUUGAAGGAGGGUUUUGCCACCUAUUUGCAAUACCUAGGAGCUGAUUUUGCCGAACCUUCUUGGAACAUCAAAGAAGAGUUUAUUUUCAGUGAAACAGCUCGUGCUUUUGCUCUCGAUGCGUUACAAUCCUCACGACCCAUUUCCUACGAAGUGAAGAACAGUCGUCAAAUUCGACAGACUUUCGACGAGCUGUCGUACGCCAAAGGGGCCUCGGUGGUCCGAAUGAUGAACAAUUUUCUGGGCGAAGAUGCGUUCAAAACUGGACUUAUCAACUAUUUACGAAAGUACGAAUACAGCAAUGGGGACCGUGACGAUCUUUUUGGGGCCUUGACGGAAGUUGCCCACCGAAAAGGGGCCCUAGAACCAUCAGUUACUGUCAAAGAUGUGAUGGACUCAUGGACCAAACAGCCAGGGUUUCCCGUUAUCACAGCUAUCAGGGACCCAGCAAACAAAAAACUAAUUUUGUCUCAGAAAAGAUUUUUAUUUACGGAUAACCACAACGAUAGUUCCACUUGGUGGGUCCCAGUUUCAGUUACAACAAAUGGUGGUAAUUUUGAAACGCAGCCUACAGUGUGGCUCAAAAAUGAGCCCAUGGUCACAAUUAACCUCAACACUUCGUUGUGGUACCUCAUCAACAUUAACCAAACAGGCUAUUACAUCGUAAACUACGACGAGGCUAAUUGGAGAUCGCUUACACGGCACCUAAUGUCUCUCCCGACCAUAAUUAGGGCGCAAUUAAUUAGCGAUUCAAUGGACCUAGCCCGCGCAAAUUUGCUAGAUUAUGACAUUCCCUUGAAACUAGUCCAACAUAUGGCCCUACGUGACAAAUUCAUUAUGUUUGUUCCGACAAACGUGGCGUUCAAAAAACUGGAAUUUUUGAGUGAUAUGUUAUCCGCAACUCCAGCUUUUGGCCUAUUUGAAUCGUUCGUUUCGACGAUAUUUAGAGACACUUAUCGGACAGUAAACUCCGAUUUGGACUACGGUUCUGAAAACUAUCUCCACCAGAAAAUUCGCAAAAUGGUUUUGAAGUGGGCUUGCCGUAAAACGGACUCAGAAUGUGCCAUUACAUCGCAUCGUAUGUUCAGGGAUUGGAUGGAAUAUGCAAGAACAAUCCCGCCGAAUAUUCGUGAUGUUGUCUAUUGUACGGCGAUCAGACAAGGGAGCGAGGCCGAAUGGAGAUUUGCUUUCAACCGAUACUUGAACACGUCUUCAGUGAGCGAAAAGAACGUCCUUUUGGACGCUUUGGGCUGCACCACCCAGAAAUGGCUACUUUCAAGGUAUCUGGAUAAUUUGGUCCGCAAUCAUUCCAGUAUACGUAUUCAAGACGCAGACAGAGUUUUCAAAUCGGUGUGUGACAACAAUAUUGCCAACACUUUAGCUUUCGAUUUCCUGAGAACAAAUUGGGACAAAUUGAUAUCAUUCUACGGCGAAGGUUUCAAUAUUAUUAGUAAAAUGGUGAAGAGUUUGCCGCGGUUUAUGAACACUGAAUAUCAACUUUCUGAGCUUGUAAGGUUUAGGAACCAAGUCAGGCACAAUUUGGGGACUGCAAGUCAGGCCUUUGAUAGUGCCAUUGAGAGAGUAAGAGGAAACGUGGCUUGGAUGAAGAAGAAUUACCACAAUGUUGAAAAGUGGUUGAUUGAUAACAAAGAACAUUUCCAUGCGUAAUUAAUUAACUAGACUAGACAAAUUAGUAUUUUAACUUUAUUGCAUCAACUGUUUGACAUCCAAAGAAUGUAAAGUGAUAGUGUAACUGUACCUUCUUGUUAAUGUUUUAUUGUGCUUUUUCUACUCUAUUUUAUCAGGUCGAGACGAUUUCAUAAUUUAUUUUUAAUAGAAACAUUAAUAAACAAUAA